AUGUGCGACGUAAUUGCUGGAGUUGUCGGAUUUCUUUUUUGGAUGUUGCAUGCUUUCAUGUAUUGUGGGAUCAACCAAUCCUACCUAGAUCACACACCAGAAAACGAAUCGAGAUCUGUAACCACAAUAACCCAAGUACCAGAACGAGAAGGGUUACCCGGACACAACCAGGAAAUAUCCAUAGUCUCUCAACCAGAAAGCCAACCUGUUUCAGAUUGUCCUCCUUCAUGUAACAAUCCUGAAAACAUGAAACUCCAUCAUUCCAUGGCGACCGAUAAUGGAAUCGAAAACUAUGUUGAAAUGCUCGAAGAAGAACACGGAGAAAUGCGUAAAGAGAUUUUCAAUUUCCAGCAAAAAUUUCAACAAUUAAGUUUCAUCGUAACGAGCCUGGAGGAGAUGCAGUACGGAAAUGAAGAACUCAAACAAGAAGUAGCUUCAAUGCGGACUAGUGUAUUUGAGCAGGAACAGCAACGUCAACUCAUCGAAACACAGCUUCAGAAUGAGAUUAGUGACCUGCAAAGAAGCUUAGAGGCCGCGGAGAGCGAAAAUAAGAACCUUCUUUGUAAGCUUUCAGUAUUUGAACAAACUGAAACGCAAAUUCUUGAUUCUAACCUGCAAACCACUAAUGAGGUUCUCCAAAGCACGCCAGUUGGCAUUUACCAGCAACGAAACGAACAACCUGAUGCACAACAAAAUGAUCAUAGCACAUUGAAAUGUUCACCUCUUGUCAAUAAUAGAGCAACAGAGAAUCGAUCAUCUUUGCGCGCGACUGCCAUGAAAUGGCAAUCGGAUUGUGAAUCAGUUAAAUUUGACCUAAUUAAGGAGAAUGUAGAUUUAACGACGAAACUGGUGACUUUACAAGGAGAAUACCAGAACGAUCUUGACUUAAAAACCGCUGAAGUUAAGCGCAUCACUGACGAUAACCGAUCGCUCAAAUCAACUCUAGAUUUAGCGAUCGAAACACUCAACGUAAAACUGUAUCAUCUGGAUGAGGUGAAGGCCGAGUUAUACGAUUUGAAAAGUAAGCAACAAGAAGAAUCUUCCGUCCGCGAGGAAAAUGAAAGUCUUAAACAACAGGUUGCUUCUUUGCGGGAAACGGAGUUAAAGCUGAUGGAUGACAAGGAGAAUUUGAAAACAAGGCUGAAUUCCUUGUAUUCAAAAAAUCGCAAGAUCCUGGAUGCAAAGCAAGCGGCAGAGCGAGCUGCAGAUCAAGAGAGAUCUGUGGUUGAAGAACACCUCUCAACUAUAGCUUCGCUAAAAUCUGAUUUAGAGUUAGCCAGUAAGAUCAUGCAUGAGAAGACACUUGCGGAUGACGAACUACGCCAUGAGCUUGCAGAAGUCAAAACGCUCUGUGAUCAACUAGACAAACAAAACGAAGAAAUCAAAAUCGACAUGGAAAGGCUGAACGCCUCCGUUCGUAAACGAAAGUCUGAUUGGCGAUCAAGCGAGCUAAAACUGAGCGAAAGCAACGAAGACUUAAAGAAGAAAUUAGGUCGGCUACAGACAGAAAAUCACCGAUUGUUAGAGAAAAAUAGCCUGGUAAAGACUGACCUUGAGAUAGCCAAUAAGGUCCUGAACAAUUUGCGUGAAACGACCGCUGCGAAAGAACACGAGACUAUCGAACUCCGUAAAGAGCUUGAAGGUCUGCGCACAGAAAGCGAGAGGAUGAUGAACAGCUGCAAAGCUGCCUCCCUUUUUGACCAACUUACACCAGACUUAGUCAGAACCAACGGACUACUGGAAACGCAGACAGAUUUAAGCAUCCCAGAAAGUUCUGCUCGACGCCCAUCAUCCCAAUCGGAAUCCGAUGUCGAUGUUAGCCACCAACCAUGUGCAGAAAUGCAGGAAUUACAAACAAAACUACAAGUCCUUGAGGCUGAAAACCAGAACUUUACGACGACGAUUGCAGUGAUGCAACAGGCGGAAGAAGAUGCUCAAAGAACUAUACAAGAUCUGAUGAUGCAAUACCGGCUAGCUACAGAAAAGAACGAGGCUGUAAUCCAGGCCAACCGUACAGCAAUACAAGCGGCUGAAGAGCAAGCGGACGCGCUCUCUGAGGCCCUCACUGCUUUACGCGAAACCGCAACGGAAGGCGGUAGCAUCGUUGGGGCAGAGAAGAUUGACGAGAUGGGCAGUACGGACAUCACACAAAAGGACACGGAUAUUAGCAAGAAGAAGAAAGAGUCUAAGUUCAAACGAUGGCUAAAGAGGAGUGAAUUUCGUAAGCCUAAAGUCUCGCAAAACAACGCUGUUAUUAAGCUGAUGCAAAAUGCUGAAAGGUCAUUGAGUCAAAAAGCUAAUAAUCUCAAAGAAAGGGCCCAAAAUCUUCUUAAAAAGCGUCAAGACCUGCGAAAGUAG